CCCUCCGCCGCGGGGGGUUGCAGCGCCGGGAGGUCUGCGCUCCAGCUCCCGCUCCCGCUCCCGCUCCCGCCUGGCGCAGGGCGGCUUCUUCCCGCCCGCGCAUCCCUUUCGCGGCUCACUUUCCCCUCGGCCUCUGGGUGGAGCAGCUCCCUCUGCCGACCUGGGGCUGUUUGUGGACUCCUCCGCGAAACAGAGCGCGCCGUGGGUGGGAUUCCGGGUGCCGAGCCCUGCCCCCUCCUGGAGACGCUGCGCGUGUGAGCGGCCCGGCUCCGUUUGAAUUUCCGCACCUCGGGAGUUGCGGAGCCCACAUCGCUGAAGCUGCCUGGGUGAAGAGCCACAUUUUUUUUUCCCCCCUCCUUUUGGGAGAGUAGCCGUCUCUGGGACUUGGUUCAGAUCCCAUCUUCUCUGCAAAUCACCAGGUUGCAUCUUCCCUGAUCGGAAUACAUGUGGGUGUACUUUUGGCUGUAUUUGUAAAUGAGUGGCCGACAGCUUCCUUAGAGGAACUAAUUUCUGCUUCAUUUAUGUUCUGAAAAGGACAUGGAUGAAAAUGAAAGCAGCCAGUCCCUGAUGACGAGCAGCCAAUAUCCCAAAGAAGCAGUACGAAAACGCCAAAAUUCAGCCCGGAGCUCUGUAGGAAGUGAUUCUUCUAGGUUUUCCAGGAAAAGUUUCAAACUGGAUUACAGACUAGAGGAAGAUGUAACUAAAUCAAAGAAAGGAAAGGAUGGCAGAUUUGUGAACCCAUGGCCGACGUGGAAAAAUCUCUCCAUUCCAAACGUUCUCAGGUGGCUGAUAAUGGAAAAAGAUCACAGCAGUGUUCCAGGCUCCAAGGAGGAACUUGAUAAAGAGCUCCCGGUGCUGAAGCCUUAUUUUAUCGACGAGCCCCAGGAGGCCGGUGUGCGGGAGGCCGGCCUGCGGGUCACGUGGCUGGGACACGCCACGGUGAUGGUGGAAAUGGACGAGCUCAUCUUCCUCACUGACCCCGUCUUCAGCUCUCGCGCAUCACCGUCACAACGCUUGGGUCCCAAGCGUUUCCGCCGCGCGCCCUGCACUGUGAGCGAACUGCCCCCGAUAGACGCGGUCCUCAUCAGCCACAACCACUACGACCAUCUGGACUACAACUCCGUCCUCGCCCUGAAUGAGCGCUUCGGCCCGGAGCUGCGGUGGUUCGUGCCUCUGGGCCUCCUCGACUGGAUGCAGAAGUGCGGCUGCGAGAACGUGAUCGAGCUGGACUGGUGGGAGGAGAACUGUGUCCCCGGCCACGAUCAGGUCACCUUUGUCUUCACCCCUUCACAGCACUGGUGUAAAAGGACUCUCAUGGAUGACAACAAGGUUCUGUGGGGCAGCUGGUCUGUCUUGGGGCCCUGGAGUCGGUUUUUUUUCGCAGGAGACACUGGUUAUUGCCCGGCUUUCAAAGAGAUAGGAAAACGGUUUGGCCCCUUUGACCUCGCGGCUAUUCCCAUUGGCGCGUAUGAACCCAGGUGGUUUAUGAAAUACCAGCACGUAGACCCGGAAGAAGCUGUGAGGAUUCACAUUGACGUUCAGACAAGGAAAUCUGUGGCAAUUCACUGGGGAACUUUUGCCUUAGCAAAUGAGCAUUACUUGGAGCCCCCAGUGAAGCUGAGCGAGGCUCUAGGAAGAUACGGACUUAAGACGGAAGAUUUUUUUGUCUUGAAGCAUGGAGAAUCCAGAUACCUCAAUACUGAUGAGGACAACUCUGAAUAAAUGUGAGCGCAGGAGCCGUCAGUGAUGAAGGUAACUGCAAAGCUCAGACGGACUCACAAAUGCAUGAACACGAGGAUUUCCGACACUUAGGAAACAACUUCGAUGGGUUAGUGUUCUGUUUUGCGUGGUAACUUGCUUGCUGCUCCGCCUGCCAAUCCUUACAGAGAAGCAGG